AUGUCGACCACCGCCGCCUCCUCCCCCCGGCACGCGGCCAAGCGCCUGGGAGUCAAUGGCGAAGGCAACAACCGCGUCCAGGCGGGCGCGAUGGACACGUUUGAGGACCCACACAAGCCCCCACCGUCGGCUGUGGUUCACGUGCGGGGACUCUCGGACACAGCCCUCGAGUCGGACCUCGUGGAGGCCGUGCGGCACUUUGGCCUAGUCAGCCCUCCGUGCAGCUACGUGGUGAUGAUACCCAAGACGCGGCAGGCGCUGGUGGAGUUUGAAGACCCGGAGAGCUCCCGCAGCUGCGUCGACUACUCGUCCAAGGGCUCCGUCUACGUGUGCGGGCAGCCGGCCUACUUUAACUUCUCUACCAGCCAGAAGCUUUGGCGCCCUGGCGUCCCGGGGGACAACGGCAACAGCAACCACAUCCUGCUCUUCACCAUUCUCAACCCCAUCUACCCCAUCACCACGGAUGUGCUUUACAACAUUUGCAAACCAUUUGGGCCUCUGCAACGCAUUGUUAUCUUCAGGAAGAAUGGCCUGCAGGCCUUUGUGGAAUAUCCUUUCAACGAGAUGCAUAACCGUAACGAUAUGUCCGCCAUUCACGCGACGCGUCUGAAUGUGUUUAAAAAUGACUCUGAGACCUGGGACUUCACCAACCCUGGCCUCAAGCAAAAGGACAAUGCAGUGAUGCCAGCGAAGCAAACGUCUCUCCUUGGCGACCAUCCCAAAGCACACGCUUGCGGUGGUGGCGACUGUGGAGGCCACCAGCAGCCACCACCACCGGGCGUCGACUACGGAUCUGGCGGCGACGGCAUGGGCGGUGGGGGAGGAAUGGGCAUGGGAGUAGGCAUGGGCAACCAGGUUGGGCCCCAGGGUGGUACCCAGGGCCAGCACGUGCAGGCCAUGAUGAACCAGCAGGCCGACAACAAGGUCCUCAUUGUGUACGACUUGGACGCCGAACGCUUCAACUGCGACCGCGUGUUUAACAUCCUCUGCCUCUUCGGCGACGUGGAGAAGGUUAAGUUCCUGAAGAGCAAGCCGGGAGCCGCCAUGGUCGAGAUGGGAGAUCAGUACGCCGUGCACAGGGCGGUUUUUCACCUCAAUAUGUCUCAGAUCUUUGGAAAUAAAAUCAACCUCUGCGUGUCGAGGCAGCGGUCGAUUGUGCCGGGCCAGGCGUUCGAGCUGCCGGACGGCACCGACAGCUACAGGGACUACGCAGGUUCUCACAACCACCGCUACGCCGACAGCGAGAAGGCGGCGAAGAACCGCAACCAGCGUCCCACCGCGGUGCUGCACUUCUUCAACGCGCCCACGGACAUCACGGCCGAGAUGUUCGCGCAGCUGUGCGACGAAAUGUCGAUUGCGAGGCCCCGCUCUUUCAAAGUGUUUUCUGGAAAAACCGAUAGGAGCGUGUCCGGCCUGAUGGAGUGGGAGACCAAGAACGAUGCCAUGGAGGCUCUGGCGUGCAUUAACCAUCACCCCCUGAAGAACGCAAAUGUUCCAUACCUCUACACCCUCAAACUGUGCUUCUCCACUGCCCAGCCUUCAUAGAAGACAACUCAACAUGUUUCAUGCCGUAUUGAACGUCGGUGUCAACAUCAUUGUCACUUUGUGUACUAUUUGUGAAUGUCCCAUCACUCUUGUUGAAAGUUAACCGUGGGUAUAGGUCGAAAGUGCAAUUGACGCGUUUACAUUUUAGUUGUCAUUUUUUGGAGGAUUAAUUUAGAUUUCUAUAUUGACUGCACCGAAAGAUUUUAAAGGUCGCAGUGGAAAUGAAGAAUGUUGAAAUUAAAAUAAUUAUGAUUAGUCUCCUUAACCUGCCGAGUUUGUCUGCCGUGUGCAUUGCUAUUUUGUCCAUGAGCCCCAAACCAGAUUUCACUUGGCAGUCCUCGGGUGCCGUAACUUUAGCGGCUCCAAUUAAUUUACAAUUUGGGGGGGUUCUCAACUUGCUCAUAGCCAAAGUUUUUGCUCCCACCACGAGUGAUGCUCCUUUCUUGCUGUAGCCCAUGGCACUAAUAUUGCCCAUUUAAUUUCAUAACGGAGAGCUCUGAAAUAAAUGCCAAAGAGACCCUUUUGGGGGGGGCUGGUAAAAAUAUACCCCGACUCAUUGAAAAUCCCAUUGAAAAACAUGGGUUGGCAUUCUGUACAGUGCGUGUAUUUAGCAGGUUAAUACGCUUGCAAAUAUAAACCCCAAGAGAAAAUAGAACAGUGUUUGAAAAUAAAAGUAUGGAGAGAUGCAUGUUUGACAUCGAACUGGAAUCGAUUGAACAUGAGCGUGGAGACAUGAAGGAAG